AUGUCCAGUGCUAUCUCCAAUAAUGCGUCUGGCGUCGUGCGCCCACGCGCUACUCCCCUGCAGUCCAACUCCAAGGCAGAUGUGAGCCUCGGGCCGGCUGCGUACAAGCUGGCUGCGGACGCCAGUGGCCGCUCUACUCCGGUCCCGGAAGAUGCACCCCCUUCAGCGCAUUCGAUCUCAACUGCGCGGAAGCAGGUGCGAGCUCGAAAUCGCCUCUUCUAUACAAUUGACUACGUACCCCGCGUGUCCCACUUUGAUCCCGAGAGCGACUACCAUAACUUCCGCGGCUUCUUCAUCCUUUUCUGGAUCUCGUUGUUUAUCAUGGUGGUCACCACCGUUUUGCGCAAUGUCAAAGAUACCGGGUAUCCACUGCGAGUGCGGGUUUGGAGCUUGUUAGGCGCCAACGUGUGGGAAUUGGCCUUGAGUGAUCUGGUCAUGGUCGCGAGCUCCGCGCUUGUCCUACCAAUGCACAAGAUGUAUCGAAGCGGUCCGCGCUGGCUUCGUUGGGUUCGCGGGGGAGUGAUCAUGCAGAGUGUCGGGGAAGCGAUCUGGCUAGCUGUAUGGGUCAACUGGCCGUUCAUGCGUAUUUGGACUUGGACUGCCCAAGUGUUCUUCACACUCCACCUGUUGACGAUUCUCAUGAAACUGCAUUCAUAUGCUUUCUACAAUGGCCAUCUAAGCGAGAUCGAGCGCCGACUUUCUGACCUGGACAGGUCGGAUUCGAUAGCGCUGAGCUCCCCCAUUGCAGUUCACUACCCAGACCCUCACGGACGACGGCCAUCAUUGAAGCCGCAGCAUGACAAGAACGCUCCCGCUGAAUCGCUGCCCCGUCUGCGCGAAGAUCUGGCUACAGAACUGACUUCACCUCUGGGUAACAUCUCCUACCCUCAAAACCUUUACGUAGCAAACUAUGUGGAUUACCUUUUCUGCCCGACCCUGUGCUACGAGCUCGAAUACCCCCGUCGAAGCCACCGGCGCUGGUCAGAGAUUACAUAUAAGACCAUGGCCGUGUUUGGUUGCAUCUUCCUGUUGACACUGACAAGCGAGGAGUUCAUCCUACCUGUCCUCAACGAAGCCCAUCUCCAGCUUGAAACUGUCACCAGCAUGGCUGAUAAGGCGCUGGUCUUGGCUGAGACUAUCAGCAUGCUUCUUUUCCCCUUCAUGAUUACCUUCCUGCUGGUAUUCCUGGUAAUCUUUGAAUACAUUUUGGGCGCGUUCGCCGAACUGACCCGGUUUGCGGACCGACACUUUUACUCCGACUGGUGGAACUCUUGUGACUGGCUUGAAUUCUCCCGCGAGUGGAAUGUCCCUGUCCACAAUUUCCUCUUCCGCCAUGUCUACUUCCCUUCCCGUACCUACUUCUCGAAACCCAUCGCUAUGCUCAUUACCUUUUUGGUUAGCGCCUUGUUCCACGAGCUCGUCAUGAGCUGCAUCACCAAGAAGCUACGUGGAUACGGCUUCAUUUGUAUGAUGCUACAAUUACCCAUCGUGGCAGCCCAGAAAUCCCCUUUGAUCCGGGGCCGAACGGUUCUCAAUAAUGUUGUUUUCUGGUUCUCGAUGAUCCUUGGUCUUUCAUUGAUGUGUGUACUCUAUGUCUUGGUCUAA